AUGAUAGUACCAAAAACAGAGCAUCUCACAAGCGUUCAAGUGCCACAUUAAACCCAUUCAUAACGUUGGCUGCCAUGGGAAAACAGUCUCCUCUUCUUCUUCUUCUUCUUCUUCUUCUUAUUCUCUCUUUUGUGUUUUCUCUGGGUUUGUUCCGAGGCCAUUGUGCCUUGGCUGCAGGAACUGAUGACGGUUCUGAACAAUGGGGAUACGUGGAAGUUCGACCAAAAGCACAUUUAUUUUGGUGGCUUUAUAGAAGUCCAUACAGAGUUGAAGAUCCAUCGAAUCCAUGGCCAACAAUACUCUGGCUCCAAGGAGGCCCUGGGACCUCUGGUGUUGGACUAGGAAAUUUCUUAGAAAUUGGACCAGUAGAUGUCAAAUAUCACCCCAGAAAUUCCACUUGGCUUAAAAAGGCUGAUCUCUUAUUUGUUGACAAUCCGGUGGGAGCUGGAUUUAGUUAUGUGGAAGACAAGUCUCUGUUAGUGAAGACAGAUGAAGAUGCAGCAGCUGAUUUAACUACCUUAUUGAAGGAGCUUUUUAAUUCAAAUAAAACUCUCCAGAAAUCUCCCCUCUACAUAAUUGCAGAGUCCUAUGGAGGGAAAUUUGCUGUAACUCUGGGAUUAUCUGCCAUUAAAGCUAUUGAAGCAGGAAAACUCAACCUUCAACUUGGGGGUAUUGCCUUGGGAAAUAGUUGGAUUUCUCCAGAAGAUUUUGUGGCUUCAUGGGGACCUCUUCUUAAAGAUCUUUCGAGGAUGGAUGAAAAUGGUUUAGAAAUCUUAAAGAGGUCUCAUCUCUAUCUUGCACAAGGUGCUUUCACGAAUGCAACAUCAACAUGGGGUGAAUCUGAGAGUGUUGUUUUGAAACACAGUAACGAUGUGGAUUUUUAUAACUUCUUACUGGAUUCCCAAGAUGAUCCCAUUGACUAUGAUGCAGGCGCCAUUACUAAAUUGAUGAAUGAGCUUGUUAGAAAAAAGUUGAAGAUUAUUCCUCAGAAUGUAACAUGGAAACCAUCUUCUUCUGAUGUUUUUGAAGCGAUUGCGGGUGAUUUUAUGAAACCAAGAAUAAGAGAGGUGGAUGAGCUCCUAGCCAAGGGUGUCAAUGUAACAAUAUAUAAUGGACAGAUUGAUCUUAUAUGCUCAACCAAAGGAGUAGAAUCAUGGAUUAACAAGCUCCAGUGGGAUGGUUUGAAGAAAUUUCAGAGUUUGGAUCGCAUCCCAUUGUAUUGUGGACAAAAUGACACUUCUACUAAAGCAUUUAGUAGAUCUUACAAGAAUUUUUCUUUCUACUGGAUUUUGGGGGCUGGUCAUUAUGUUCCUGUUGAUCAACCCUGUACUUCUUUGCAAAUGGUGGGCACAAUUACCAGAUCGCCAAAUUAAACAUUCUCUUCAAAACACCCUAUUUAUGUAUGUAUACCAUUGCUAAUCGAUUGAAACUCUCCCAUUUUCAAUAAUGAUGGAUUGGAUCGCCCUCCAUUCAACAUAAUUAUGUACUUUUAUUGCCAUCUUGUUGAUGGAAACUAAUUCCCACCCCAAUCUUGUACUUUACUCAUGUAUAAUCUCUUAAUAGAAUCUCGAGUACAAU